AUGGCAGGAACCCGGGGCCCAGUGCCUGUUCCGCUCGAAACGAAGAAUCGCGAUCUUACCCAAGAAGUCCUCGACCUUCUCGACACGAAACAGCCCCUCCAAACCAAUGAAGACUUCCCCGCUAUAUCGCAAGCCGAGAUCAAGGCUGCGCUGGAUAGGCUCGCAAGCCGGUCCAUGGUGGAAUACAAGUCAAUAGACUCGGAGAAGGUUCUUUUGACCCCAGAAUCCGAGGGCAUUGUCGAGCAUGGAAGCCACGAAUUCAAGGUCUGGAAAGCCGUGAAGGAGGCGGGGAAGAUUCCAAUCAAGGAACUGCCGAACAUCGUAGGCGCCGAAUCCGCGAGUGUAGGGCAAGGCAAUGGCUUCAAGAACAAGUGGAUAAAAAAGGACGGCGACUCGCUAGUCCCUCUCUUGACCGACUCGCCCAAGGACACCAACCGAGACAUGCUCAAGGACAUCCAAGAAACCCAAUCCGUAUCUGAUGCGAAGCUACUCGCCCAGCUGAAAAAGAAGAAGCUGGUCACCGUCACCAAGGUCAUAACCUAUACCGUUACAAAGGGUCCAAAAUACGCAAAGGAGAUACCGGUAGAGCACACCGACUUGACUGCUGACCUACUGGCAAACGGCGCGUGGGAGAAGGCGAACUUCAAGCCGUACAAUUUCGCAGCCCUGGGAGCAAACCAGGAUGCCGGCGCACUACAUCCUUUGAAUAAGGUCAGGCAGGAAUUCAGGACCAUUUUCUUCUCACAAGGCUUCGUUGAGAUGCCGACAGGACACUACGUCGACACUGGCUUCUGGAAUUUCGACGCGCUCUUCGUACCUCAGCAACAUCCCGCGCGCGACAUGCAGGAUACUUUCUUUGUUUCACAUCCACCAAAAGCUGAUAAGCCGCGGCUAGACCCUGCUAGCGAAGCGACCAUGGACCGCAUGGAAGCGGGUUCAAAACGCCUCUUUGCGACACCAGAGAGCGAAAAGAGGGAAAAGAAGCCGAGAGAUUUCGAGAAGUACUGGCAGGAUGUCAAGAAGGUGCACCAAGAUGGUGCCUUUGGAUCGAUAGGAUACCGAUAUCCUUAUGAGGAAGAUGAGAGUCUGCGCCUUGUCCUCCGAACACACACAACCGCUGUAUCAACAUGGGCACUCCACCGCUUGGCAGAAGAUCCUCGACCCGCCCGCUACUUCUCCAUUGACCGCGUCUUCCGUAACGAGACUGUCGACGCGACCCAUUUGGCAGAGUUCCACCAAAUCGAAGGUGUGAUCGCUGACUUUGGUCUCACCUUGGGCGGCCUGCAGCGUUUCCUAGAAGACUUCUUCGCCAACAUGGGCAUCUCUAACCUACGCUUCAAACCCGCCUACAACCCCUACACCGAGCCCUCCAUGGAGAUCUUUGGCUUCCACGCUGGCCUCAAGCGCUGGCUCGAAAUCGGCAACUCUGGCAUGUUCAGACCUGAGAUGCUGGAGCCCAUGGGCCUGCCGAAGGAUAUGCGCGUUUAUGGUUUCGGUCUGUCUCUUGAGCGGCCCACGAUGAUGAAGUACGGUGUUUCGAAUAUCCGAGAACUCUUGGGGCACAAAGUCGACUUGAGCUGGAUCAGAGAGCAACCGGCUGUGCGUUUCGACAAAGAGUAG